UGAACUGUCAAAACAGGUUUUGAAAUUUUGCGGUUAAUUUUUGUGUUUUGCUUGCAUUUUUUUAGUUUUUCUGUAAGAAUGGAAGAUUUUGAUGUGUUCACAAACGAAAUCAACUACACUAAACAAUUUUACAAUAGUAUUCUAAAUAAAUAUGUGACAGACGUGCCUUACACGCCAAGCGGGCCAAAUUACCAAAGUGGACGAAAACUCGUGGCAGAGGAGUGUCUGGCAGCCAGCAAAGAAGCAGAAUGUGCCUUCCACUUAAGCGAAGCUGUAUCGGCCACUUUGAGGACCAUGGCUGUGUACAGAGAUGAACAAAUCAAGGCAGCAGGAAAUAAGAUGCAUAAAAUAGAGAGCUUCAUCCAACCAGUGAAGGAUUUAAUUGAUAAAAAUCCUAUGACAAAAGAAGAAGAAAAGUUAUUUGAUUUUAUAACCAAAAAUAAUGGAAAUAAUAUUGGCAAAGGGCUUCCAGCGAUAGAAGUAACGGACAAAGUGCCAUUCUACAAAAGAUAUCUGAAGUUCAGUCCGGAGAAUAAUGUUGACAACUUUCAGAGCAUUCUGAAGGAGCUGCCUAAAGAAUGGACUGUAAUUCAGUUGACUGCACCGUACAACCCCAACGAAAACUUAAAACCGUUUGACGAGUAUAGGAUUGAGAUCAACUCGUUGAACUUGACAAUGAUGACAAACGCAUACUUGGAGACCACUGAUGUGGGACCCAUAACUAUUAACAUUCCUGCAAAUGUUAAUAAAGAAGGAGAAAAGCCCCUGUUCACAGAACUGUUUUCAUUGCUGGAUGAAAACUACAAAACCAUAGACAAUGCUCAGUUUCUAAAUAACAAGCGUUUGGUGCAGAAUUAUUGGAGCAGAAGAGAGGAUAUCGAUUUGAGGAUGAAGAGUGUAAUAAACGUGAUGGACAAGGAAUGGCUGGGUGGUUGGGGCAGUCUGCUGACGGGGAAACUGGUGGACUCCAGCUUGAGAGACAGGGUCGUACAACUGGUAGACGCUACCAUAACUGACUGGGGAUUCAUAAGACUGACCAAAAAACAGAAAAUUCUCCUCUACAAUCUAAUAGAAAGCAGCCCUGCAUUGUCGUCCCAGCAAAUCAAAUCGUGUAUCAGAAGAAUUUUGACUGAACAUGGCAACACUGAAGAUAUUAGACAGGUUCUAAAUACGAACGACUGUCAGAACUGUACCAAAGAGUUUACGUUUGCGAACGAGUUGUGUUUGAAAUGUCUAUCGAAGUGCUUUGAGGCUGUACACCAUUUUACGCUGGUUGACGGCAUCAAGGCUUUUUCUCAAGCGGCAACACUUGUCAAAGAUGGCGACGAGUGGGCGGGGCUUAAGAAGGCGAAGCGGCAUCCGGUGAUUUUGAUUGUGGACGAGAUGCUGGACACAUUCCCAUGGGAGACUCUUCCAAUAAUAAACCACGACCCCGUGUCGCGGAUCGAAAACAUACACUUCUUGUAUUACUUGUACAAGUUGCACGAGAAAAAUAUCGUUGAUGGGUACCUAGAAGCGAAGGCAGAUGUCGGAAGAUACAUUAUUAAUCCAGAGAAGAACCUAGACCGCAUGGAGAAGCGAAUGGGCUCAUUCGUUCAGUACUGGUGCGGCGCGUGGGCGGGGCAUAUCGGGGAGCCGCCCCCUCCUGAAGACUUCCUCAAGUACCUCACUGAAGCUGACGUCUUCCUAUACUGCGGCCACGGCGACGGCUGCCACUUCGCGAAUGGCAGCGCGAACGGCGCCGGCGUGGAGGGCGCCGCUGGUGCUCGGGCUCUAGUUCUGCUGUCGGGCUGCGGCUCCGUGCGGCUGGCCCGCCCGCCCGGACGCGCGCCGCCGGCUGCGGCCCAUCACCAUCUGCACAUCGCUGGCAGUCCCAUGGUGGUGGGCAUGCUGUGGGAGGUGACUGACCUGGAGGUGGACAAGAUGGUGUCUACCCUCAUGUCUUUGUACGUGCCGUCCAACGCGCCGGUGCCCUGGCCUUCGGUUGGGAAGGCGAAAUGGAGUCAAGGAGUUUUAGACACAGAAGUGGAGCAGAAGACACAAUUCGUUCCUGAGAGGAACCUCCUCCGCGCUAUAUCCCGAGCACGCGGCUCCACCGGCUUCGUCAUGAUCGCCAGUGCAAUGGUUGCGAGGGGAUUACCCGUCAGAGUCACGUAGGUAGGAAUUUACUGUCGCACGGGUACAAAUCUGUGAUGUCGAAACAAUAGGUAACUAAGAAAAAAGGUACAAUUCAAUGUAAACUGGCUUUACAUAGACAACAAAGGAAUUAUGUUUAAUAAUUUAUUAAGGUAAGGAUAAAUAAACUGACUUUUUUAAAUG